CAUUCGUGCUGUAAGAUCCUAUCAAUCUGUUCGUCACAGCAGCUCACAAAUGCCCCACCGUCCCAGCAAGUCGGGCUGCGGUGAUAGGUGGCCUCGUGGCUCGCUUGACCAUGUUCGCCGGCGAAGUUACCUGGGCUUAUCGCAUGCGGAGAAUCGUUGACUCAGGUACCACUUGCACCUCUCCUGCCAUAUUGAGCUUUGGAGGAAACGCUCUGCAGCCGAGCAACACUAGAAAAUCCGACGACAUCUGCUUACACGCUAGUGCAGUACUGUGCAUCCACCGCACGUGGAGCCAGGUACCACGUAUAAGAGUAAGCAAGGGCGCACAAGGUAGGGCAGCUGUAGGAACAGCCUCAAGCGUUUUCGUUUCCAUCACCAUGUCACCGUCCAUCGUGUUCAGCGGUCUCGCAGCGCUGACUUUGGCAAUUCCCGCGUUCUCCUACACCUUCUCUCCCACAGGACAAACGGUAGACCUUGAUGGGAUCUCGUACUUCGUACCCGCGACUCCAGUCUCAACUAUUCGAACCUACGGGCCGCUACAUGGCUGGGCACAAGGUUCCGGCGGCCUUACACCGGUCACAGUGGUCACAACGGCGAGUACCAACUUCAGCAGCCUAGCAAGUACCAUCGCCAACUUCACCAGCGUCGAUGAUGUCUACUCAGCAGGCUUCCUCGAAGCCAUCUAUGUCCAGUUUACCGGAAGCCAGCAGUAUGGCGGCAUCCAUUACCCGACCGGUAGCUUAGGCCUCAACGGCACGCAAGCAGUAUAUGGCGAGUUCGUGAGCACUACCAGCGCCAUCCCACAGGGGCCCUACUUCAUGUCGGGCGACGGAUCGAUCUAUCAAGCUUGGAGACUGUACAGCGACUUCCAGGGAGCGUUCACCGAGACGCUGAUGUCGGGCACCAACAACACGUAUAGCGUUCUACCUGCCAACGUACCUGGUCAACAGCUUGCAGUGGCUGUGCCGAGCCGGCUGUACUACACUCCUAGUGCCGCCAAACCGCUCGCGGGUGUACGGCUGGGUGUGAAGGACAUCUACGAUGUUGCCGGUGUGCGAACAAGUAACGGCAAUCGCGCGUGGUACCAUCUCUACCCUCCCGCCACUGCCAACGCGUUGGCAGUCCAACGCCUGGUGGAUGCUGGGGCUAUCAUUGUAGGCAAGAUGAAGACCUCGCAGUUCGCCAACGGCGAACAAGCCACGGCCGACUGGGUGGAUUACCACAGCCCCUUCAACCCACGCGGUGACGGCUACCAAGACCCGAGUUCAUCCUCUUCCGGUCCAGGUGCGGGAGCUGGCAGCUAUCCCUGGCUUGACCUCACCAUUGGUAGCGACACCGGCGGCUCGAUCCGCGGACCAUCGGAAGUUCAAGGCCUUUACGGCAACCGGCCAUCUCACGGCUUGGUGGAUCUGACUGGAGUCAUGCCGCUUGCACCCGAGCUCGACACCGCCGGCUUUCUCACUCGCGAUCCUUUCCUGUGGGCCACCGCUGCGCAGGCGCUAUACCUGAGUAACGUGACAAUAUCCCACUCCUACCCCAAGCAGAUCAAGCUGCAGGCCUUCCCGGGCGUCGCACGGGUACCCGGUGAUCAGAUCCUGAUCGAUUUCGUCAGCAACGUCAGUGCUUUCUUAGGGGCAACGACCGUCAAUUACUCUAUCACCGAUGACUGGAACGCAACACAUCCGGCUGGAACGCCAGCGAGCCUUACCACGCUACUCAACAUUACCUAUCCCAUCCUCAUUUCUCAGGAGCAAACCCGCCUCGUACGAGACCCCUUCUACGCCGACUACAAAGCCACCCACGACAACCGCCUCCCCUUCGUCGACCCAGCCCCGCUCGUCCGUUGGGGCUUCGGCGAUACCUACCCCGCCAACACCACCGCCAUCGCCAACACCAACCGCACCAUCUUCGGCGACUGGGUUAACAACCACGUCCUUGUCCCAGACGCCGCAACCUGCAGCAACAGCCUGCUCUUCUACGUCGGCAGCAAAGCCAGCGUGAACUACCGCAACCAAUACCUCGGCGCGCCUACAGUACCUUUCGGCUUCAGCAUUGGCAGGGUAAGUCCGUUUUGGGGCGGCCCAGAUUUUGUGGUACCGCUCGGGCAGGCAAUGUAUAAUUCGACGAUUACGAAUCAUACCGAGUAUUUGCCUGUGACGGUGGAUAUCAUGGCGGCGAGGGGGUGUGAUGGGAUGAUUUUCGGAUUGGUGCAGGAUCUGGUUAAGGCGGGCAUUCUAAAGUACAGUGUACCGGGGUAUAGUGAUGUCAAUGGAGGACAGAUUUUGUUUAGGCGGGGUGAGGUGAUUGAGAGUGAGCACCUCUGAGCGGAUGGCACGUGAGCAGCAGAUAGAUGAAAAGAGCGAGCUCCCACAGCGAUCAAUCAAGUAGCAAUCGGUCUGUUGACGAUCUGUCUGUGUUGGCUACGAGCGAGCCGCACUGAUAUCCAAGGUUGCUGUUGGCGGUCUCGCUUCUGUUGAAAGUUCAAUUUUGCUUAUGGAUAGCCUCAGACGUCUUU